AUGGCACCUUCUGAAGAUGUCGAGGCCUUGCACUCCGAGUCCGAGGAAACGAUCGAAGAAACCAAUGCCGCUCCUCCUGCCUCCCGUGGCUGGGUGAAGAAGGCCGCGUUGGCGUUGACUCUGGGUCUCUUCGUGGGGCUCCUGGCCAUGGGCGCACACUCGCAGAACUUCACGGUCUUCCAGGGCAAGUCUUCCGCAAGCUUGGACACAGAGAUGUUGGCCGAGAAGCCGCCAAAGAGGCCGCCUUAUCCGUACAAGGCUUGGAUUAUGGACACACUCCAAAACCUCAAGAAGACGCACCCCAAGGUCAGCAUCAUGGGUCGCAUGAGGAUGAUGCUCGGCGCCCACAUGAAGACUCCAAGCGAAGACCAAAUGAAGAAGCUCUACUUCGGGGCCAUGAAGACGAAGUUCCGAAGCCUCCCCGAUGAAGACCAACGCCCUUACAAGCUGAACUACGUGAAGAAGAGGGAUGCGUACCUUGUGGCAAAGGAGGAGGGCGAGAAACUGCCAAGAAAGCCGGUCUAUCCUUAUGUCAAGUACGCCUUUGACAAACUCGGCGAGUACAAGAAGAAGUACCCAAAAUCUCGCCUUCCUAAGGCAGCGGUCAUGAAAAGGGUGUUCGUCAAGAACAUGGACUCUUCCAAAGUGGGGCCGGCUCUCUACACAGCCGUUGGAAGCAAGUUCAAGAGCGGCACCUUCGACAAGAAGAUUUCAGCUCAGUACAAGAAAGAAUACGAUCAGAAGUUGGAGAUCUACAAGAAGAAGAAGGCGGAGUACGAUGCCAAGAACGCCUAG